AUGAGCGAAAGAAUGAAUGAUGCGCCGGAGCCUAUUGCCAUCAUAGGCACGAGUUGUCGGUUUCCUGGUGAUUGUGACUCACCCUUAAAGCUAUGGGAACUCUUGAAGCAGCCUGUUGAUCUUGUCGCCGAAAUUCCAGACUGUCGAUUCAAUUCAAAGGGCUUCUAUCACGAGAAUCCAGAGCACACUGGUACAACAAACGUCACAAAAGCCUACCUGCUUGACGCAGAUCCCUUUGUUUUUGACAAUGACUUCUUCGGUAUCAGUGCGAAAGAAGCGGAGUCGAUGGACCCCCAACAGCGAAUAAUCCUGGAGGUAAUAUAUGAGUGUCUCGAAUCUGCAGGGUAUUCUAUCUCGCAACUCAGGGGCUCGUCGACUGGCUUUUUUGUGGGUCAAAUGUCCGACGAUUACCGAGAAAUGAUACUACGAGAUGUGGAUUGUCACCCUCAAUAUACGGCAACAGGUAGCGCCCGUUCUAUAUUAGCGAAUCGUGUUUCGUACGUAUUUGACUGGAAGGGACCUUCGCUUAAUAUCGACACCGCCUGUUCAUCCAGCUUGGCUGCCCUCCAUUUGGCGGUUCAGUCCCUAAGGAGUGGGGAGACUGAUAUGGCUGUUGUCGCCGGAGUGAAUCUGGUACUCAAUCCUGAGACGUUCAGUUUUCUUUCGAGUCUUCACAUGAUUUCUUCAUCUGCGCAAUGCCGCAUGUGGGAUGCCAGCGCGGACGGAUAUGGCCGCGGCGAAGGCUUUGCGGCCGUCGUCAUCAAGAAGUUAAGUACGGCACUCGCUGAUGGUGACGACAUAGAAAGUGUGAUCCGAAACACUGCUAUGAAUCAAGAUGGUCGAUCUGCCGGCCUGACGGUUCCUAGUGCAAUUGCACAAACUGACUUGAUUCAGUCGGCAUAUGCAAAAUGCGGGUUAGACUGCGCGAAUGAAGAGGACCGAUGUCAAUACUUCGAAGCCCACGGAACAGGUACACCUACUGGGGAUCCAAAAGAGGCGGAAGGGAUAAGCAUGGCAUUCUUUCCUCACCAAAAGCGCGUUGAAUCUGAGAACGCAAAGAUUUACGUCGGCUCAAUCAAGACGGUCAUUGGCCACUUGGAAGGAACCGCCGGACUGGCCAGUCUGCUGAAGGCUUCACAAGCUGUGAAACACGCUCUCAUUCCACCCAACCUACACUUCUACCAACUCAAUCCAGACAUAGAGCCAUAUUACCAAUAUCUUGAGGUGCCAAUAAGUUUGAAGCCAUGGCCAAAAUUACGACCAGGAACUCCAAGGAGGGCUGAUGUCAACAGUUUUGGAUUUGGAGGAACAAAUGUCCAUACCAUCAUCGAAAGCUGGGACAGUAGCUCUAGAACCGCAAAGUCUCUUUCAGAGCAAGAACCGACUUGGGGGCCGUUUGUUCUCUCUGCCCACUCAUACAAAGCCCUUGUAGGGACAGUUGUGUCGCUUUCCGCAUUUCUCAAGACCAACGCCGACAUUGACCUCCACAGACUAGCUUGGACCCAGCAAUGUCGUCGGACACAUUUCAAAUACAGAGUUUCUUUUUCAACAAAUAGCAAAAACGAGCUUAUAGACAGGCUGGACCUGGCUUUAAAAAAUAACGAAAAGUCCCCUCUAGCUACUCAGGCUACCAAAGUUCCAAAAAUCAGCAUAUUGGGCAUAUUCACAGGACAGGGAGCCCAAUGGUCAUCCAUGGGAAAAGGCUUGUUUCUGCAUUCAGUUUCUUUCAGGCGCACAAUUACGCAGCUCGAGUCAAUCUUGAAAGAUGUACACAAUCCUCCAAGUUGGUCGUUGGCGGAAGAACUAUUGAGAGCAGAUGAUCCGGGUCGAAUCUCUUCCGCUGAGAUCUCUCAGCCACUUUGCACAGCACUGCAGGUGGCACUUGUUGAUUUACUCAAGCAAUGUGGCAUAAUUUUCAGUGCGGUUGUCGGACAUUCAUCAGGUGAAAUUGCGGCUGCAUACGCUGCUGGUAUCAUCAGCGCUAGAGAUGCCAUUAUAAUCGCAUACUAUAGAGGGUACCAUUGUCGAAAGGUACGAGAUAGCAGCGGGAGAUCUGGAAAAAUGAUGGCUGUCGGCAUGACUUUACAAGACGCACAAAGAUUCUGCAGUCAGCCAUGCUUCCUAGGCAGAAUCGUUGUUGCAGCAGAGAAUUCUCGAUCCAGUGUCACUAUGUCAGGAGACUUUGAUGCCAUUGAUGAAGCUAAAAUUACGUUGGACCAAAAUGUAGUCUUUGCAAGAAUUCUCAAGGUCGAUACCGCGUAUCAUUCCCAUCACAUGAAAACCGUCCGAGAUCAGUAUUUCACGUCAUUAAGGAAAGCCAAUAUUCAACCAUUGAGAAAUUGCUUUGCGGGUACUUGCAAUUGGUAUUCAAGCGUAUACUGUUCCAGCAAUAGAAAAGACGUGUCUACUCCCACUGCUUUUGAACAUGAGUACUGGGUGGAUAAUAUGGUAAAUCCGGUACUAUUUUAUCAAGCCAUUACUUCUGCAGUGCAAAAAGAAGACUUUGAACUGGGACUUGAGAUCGGACCACAUCCAUCACUAAGAGGGUCGGCAAUCGAGACUAUCAAGAGCGUUUCCGGCCGCGAUAUUCUCUACCGGGGGGUGCUUGAAAGAAACAAAGAUGCCUUCGAUUGCUUUACAAACUUACUUGGUUAUGUAUGGAAGAAUUUCGACUCGGAAACCCGCAUAAUCGACUUUGCCGGUUUCCAAGAAGCAUGCAAUGGACCAAAUUGGUCGAUGCCGAGAGUACAUAAAGACCUGCCCACCUAUUCGUGGGAUCAUGACAAACCCAUGUUCAAGGAAUCAAGAAUAUCAAAAGAGCGGCGCAUGCGCAAGACUACCUUCCAUGAGCUUCUUGGUCGUCCAAUCUCAAGCAGAAGCAGUCGCGAAGUCCGGUGGCGCAAUAUUCUCAAAUUUGAAGACGUGGAGUGGCUCCAAGGCCAUCAAUUUCAAAACCAGAUCUUGAUUCCCGCCAGCGCGUACCUAGUAAUGGCUGCAGAUGCCGCCGCACACUUGUUCGGACAGGGACUAACAAUUCAACUGAUUGAGUUGCAAGAUAUAUUGAUACACAAUGGGGUUACAUUGAAAGAGGGCUGUUCCGGAGUUGACAUGGUCUUUGACAUCAAACUCAUCCACGAGGAUAUCAGCCGAAAAGUGGCAGAAUUUUCCUGCGUUUGUCGUAAUGUCGAUGCAGCUUCCACGGAAUUUGAAAAAGAGGUUUUCACUGGCCGCGUUAUGGUAACACUGGGGCCCGUUACUGAGAAUAUCCUGCCCAAAAGUGUUGCUUCCAGCCUUCCAAUGACGGAUGUUAAUAUCGACCGAUUUUACUUUUGGAUGCAAAAAGCAGGGCUUCAGUACUUGGACCCAUUUGUACUGCAAUCGAUUGUAAGACGACUGAACUGCGCGACAGUUAUCACAAAACGCAAUGCUGCUGGUCAGUACAUAGUUCACCCAGCAACACUAGACAGUAUUCUUCAAGGCCUGUAUGCAGCGUUCUCUUACCCAGGCGAUGGCCGGAUGUGGACGACUUAUCUCCCAAAAAGCUUCCGUCGCGUUCGUUUUGCUAUGAAUGGAUAUGGGAAGCUAUAUAACGAAGCAAAUUCACAGCUUACUGCUAAUUGCUAUCUGUCAGAGUCAUCUGCAAGGUCUAUACGCGGCGAUAUCGAUAUCUUUUGCCAGAAUGGCCAUACGGAGAUUCAAAUUCAAGGUGCUUUCUUUUCAUCGCUUGAUGUACCCAGUGCUGCAAACGACCGAACAAUGUUUUGGAAAACAACCUGGAAGAGAGGGUUAUCCUCUAUUGUCGAGCUUGAUUCAAUGAAAGAAUCUGGAUCUGGAGAAUUCCAAUUGCAUGAGAUAUGUGAAAGAACUGCGUUUUACUACCUUAGAAAACUUUGUGAAGAAGUUGAAAUAUGCGAUAUUGGGCCCAUGGAUUGGGAGUUGCGAUCUCUGACGCAGUGGGCGCGGGACUAUGUACUUCCUCAAAUACGAGGAGGUAGGCUUCAUAAAUGUCAAAAUAGCGACCAAAUUGAUCUCAAGCUCAUUCACCACUUGGGCUCAAAGUUUCCUAAUAUUCUACGUGGGGAGGAGCCUACAUUGCAGAUUCUCAAGGAAGAUAAUAUGCUCGAUACAUUAUACACUGAGGGCCUAGGAUUUCGCCAGUCUAAUCAGCACCUUGGAAAUAUCCUCAAUCUCUUGUCACAUCAAUAUCCCCGAAUGCGAGUUCUCGAGAUUGGUGCUGGAACUGGCGGAUCUACGGCCACCGCGUUACGGCAUCUAAGCUCCAGUUUCGAGAAUUACACAUUCACUGAUAUCUCACCUGCAUUUUUUUCAGUAGCCCAAACUCGUUUCGCGGAAUUCGAGGAUGCAAUGAGGUUCCAGAUCCUUGACGUUGAAAGGCCACCUGCAGAACAAGGCUUUCAGCCGCAGUCAUAUGAUCUUAUCAUUGCUGCGCAUGUCCUCCAUGCAACCAAGUCAAUCGCUCACACAGUCAGACAUUGUCGAGAGCUCUUACGUCCUGGGGGUCAUAUGAUUCUCCUUGAAAUUACUAACCCCAAGACUCUACGGAUUCCGUUUUUAUUCUCGACUCUACCGGGAUGGUGGCUUGGUCGUGAAGACGGCAGGAAUCAAGGUCCAACACUUACAGAGGCGCAGUGGAAUUCAUUUCUCAGAGAUCACUCCUUCUCGGGCGUGGAUUGUUCUUUCAGGGACUUUCAUGAUGACAACAUGCAAACUUUCUCCGUCAUGGUAACACAAGCAAUAGAUGACCGAGUCUGUUUAUUGAGAGAUCCCUUGAGCCUAGGGAACAGUGUGGUACGCAUUGAAAACUUACUAGUUAUCGGUGGUCAUACUCUGGUACUUUCCAAAUUAGCAACCAAGAUACGAACUCUUCUCAGUCCAUUUGUGGAGCAAAUUGUGGUCUUGCAGAACAUAGAAGAAGUACCGCAAAACGGUUUGAAGUACGGAAGUGCUAUUCUCUCCCUUUCGGGACUCGAAGAGGCGACUUUCUCGCAGAUGAAUAAAACUCGUCUUUCAUCUAUACAGAAAUUGUUCCGAGACGCGAAAUAUAUCUUGUUGGCUACCCGAGGCUGUCGCGAUGAGGACCCAUACGCUAGCAUGUUGGUUGGUGUUGCUCGCACGGUGUCCAGAGAAGCAGAGCAUCUCAAACUCAGACUAGUAGAUCUUGAUUAUCUGAAUACUCAGAAUUACCAAUCAGUGGCAAUCAUGCUCUCUGAGAUGCUGCUGCGAAUGAUAUUUCUUGAUCUACCGGGUUAUAGUGAGAUUUUCUGGAGCGAUGAGACUGAGGUGGCGAUUGAGGAAGGAGCUGUCUUAAUUCCCAGAGUCGUCCCAGAUGAUAAAUCGAAUGAUAUUUUCAGCUCGGCAAGGCAUAAAAAUACUAGGAGUGUAUGCCCUACUUCACAUCCGAUUCAGCUGCAUAUAGGAGACAAUGGUGUUCACGUUACUGCAGAAAUUGAGGCUGAUAAAAAGCAAGAGGACUCAAAUAUAUCGCACGUUCUAUCUUCUUCCCUAUUCUGUUUCGUUUGUUCGGAUGAUGAUCAACCAUUUUAUGUUUGCUUAGCUCAGGCUGCGGUGGAUGAUACCUCCAAAUUAAUAUUGACCCUUUCAGAGACGAAUGCUUCAAUCAUCAAGAAUAAAGAUAGCUCGCAAAUCGCUUACGAGGGUUAUGCAUGUGCAGACGAUUUUCUCUCGUGGAUAUUAACGACGAUAUGCUGCGAAAGCAUAUUACUGUCCGGUACCGGCACUAUUUGGAUUCAUAAUGCGGAUGACUACGUUGGCGAGCUUAUAUGUAAUCUCGCUAAUCGUGGCAAAAUUCCCGUGUCCCUUACCACCAGUCAUAUUACUUCUCGACUGGUUUCUAUCGGCAAAGCAAGUUAUAUUCAUCCACGAGCCACCGAACGUGACUGCAGGUCACGGUUCCCUCGGGAUCUAGGACGAUUCGUGAACAUGGGAACCGAUACAGACAGCCUUGUAGAAUUUGUGACAUCGUCUCAGGGCCAGAUAAUAGCUGUUGAACGCGGGAUACAUGAUGUCAGUGUGAAGGAGAAGAUCUCUCUGUCGCAGAAUAAAUUUGCUCUGCUGAAAUCUUUAGAGUACUACUGUUCCAACUCUGAUUCACUCAAUGUACUGGGACACCUUGAAACAAAGUCUGUGGUCAAGGCGAGCCAACUGGAGAAAUUUUCAAAAAUUGUAAACGCUACAAGUGUUAUUUCCUGGACCGGAGUACAAUCUGUCCCGGUCCCUAUAACACCAGCUGUCGACAGGGCUUGCUUUGCGGCCGACAAAACCUAUUUCCUGGUUGGUCUCACUGGGGAUGUUGGACUAUCUCUGUGUCAAUGGAUGGUUGAUCAUGGCUGUAAAUAUCUAGCCAUCGCCAGCCGAAUGCCAAACGUCCCUCUAGAAAUAUGCAAGAACUUGAAAGAGCAGGGUAUUACUUUGCGUAUCUUUACUCUCGAUGUUACAGAUAUGACAAGUCUGAAGAGUGUUCACAGAGACAUUGUUUCAUCCAUGCCACCUAUCGCAGGGGUAGCCAACGGUGCUCUUGUGGUGCGUGAUCGACCAUUUGAUAGCAUGUCACUGGAAGAUAUGAUGACAGUCUUGAAGCCUAAAGUUAUUGGGUCUGAUAAUUUAGACAGAUUAUUCUUUUCAACUGCUUUGGAUUUCUUCAUUCUCCUCGGUUCAGUCUCAAGUAUUGUGGGCCAUACGGGUCAAGCAAAUUACCAUGCAGCUAAUCUGUUCAUGUCAACACUCGCCAAACGAAGACGCAAAAGAGGGCUUGCAUCUUCAGUGAUGCAUUUCGGGAUGUUGCUUGGAUUUGGCUUUCUGCGCGGACCAGCUGAAGCGAGUCUUGAAGCAAGGUUUCAGCGAGAAGAUUUGCAUGCUAUUUCCGAGCCCGAAUUUCACGCCGUUUUUGCGCAGGCAAUCAUAUCAGGUCGCCCAGAGUCGGGCCUGGAUUCUGAAAUUAUUGUUGGGCUCGGUACGGAGGUUCACACCCCCUGGCGUAGUAUACCUAGGUUUGGUCACUGCCGCGUUAAGAGCAACGAGGACAGACGCGGAAAAAGUUCAAGUCGCCACGAGGGGCAUUCAAUGAAAAGCAUCAAAGACGACCUCAGAGCUGCAGUCAAUGAGAAAGAGACGCUUUUCAUUCUAAAGGAAGCCAUUGCUUGCAGGUUAAGUCUGGCACUUGGCUCUCCCAGUGGGAAGAUAGAUAAUAAGGUUGGAUUGAUCCGCUUGGGAAUUGACUCCUUGGUAGCUGUUGAGAUACGGUCCUGGCUCUUACGAAUAUUACAGAUUGAUAUGCCAGUCUUGAAAUUUCUGAGCGGCUCAUCUCUGAGUGACAUAUGUCAUGAUGUAUUAAAUGAGCUACCUGAUUCGCUGAAGCCGUGGGUCAAUGAAAAAGACGACGAUAUUAAUAGAUCCGACAAGCAAGUCAGAGGGUUGAACCUGGAAAAUACGGCCAUGGACAGCCGGAUUUCACCUACAGUGAGCGAUAUCGACAAAACAAAAACAGAGAGAACAGAUGCAACCCUUGUGGAAGAAUCAACGAGUGGACUAGAUGUGGCCCUGAACUUAUCGUCUCAGGCUACCAUGGCUAACGGAAAGAGUCAAGAGGCAGUAAAAAUCAAGUACGAAAGAAUUGGGGAGAUGUCUCACGCCCAAGCCGAGUUGUACUUCCUGCAUGAGUAUCUUCAAAGCAAUGCCUAUAAUGUUGCCUACUAUGGCCGCUUCAAUGGUCAAAUCGAUCUCAAAAGGCUAGAGAGAGCUCUAUGGCUAGUUGGGAAACUACACGAGGCUCUCAGGAGUGCAUACUUCUUGGAUAAAACGACUGCGAAGUCGGUACAAGCUGUAUUAUCCUCGCCCCGUAUCAUGCUUACACACACAACAGUCUCUGGCAAUAACGACGUACAGAAGGAAAUCAGCGCCGUCAAGGAUUUUCAAUUCGAGAUUGAGAAGGGCAUUGUCAUGAGAGUUGUCGUAAUGUCACACUCGCCUACUGUUCAUACGUUAGUGAUUUCCCACCAUCACAUAGCGCUCGACGGCUUGGCUUGGGGAGUCUUCAUUGCCGAUCUGGCACAAGCAUAUGCAGGAUGUUUGAGCAAAAAAUCAACACAAAUUCCACAAUCAAUCGAUAUUGCUAGAAGAAAAUCAAAGGAAAAUACCCCUGAAAUAUUACAGGACGAUCUCAUCUUUUGGGAGGAUAUCUACCGAACCAUCCCGGAGCCGCUCCCACUUUUCCCAUUCGCCAGGCACAAGACUAGUCCUGUUAUUGCAGAUCAUAGUGUGGACAUUAAUGAUUUCAGCCUUCCUAUUGAGAUGCGUACGAUGGUUGAAAUAACAGCCGCUAGAAUCGGGGUUACUCCAUUUCAUUUUCAUCUUGCAACCUUCGUUACAUUUCUAUCACACUGCCUUGGGGUUGAAGACGUCGCUAUCGGCGUCGUGGACGCGAACAGAACUAAUGCAGAAGAUAUGGAAACAAUCGGAUAUUUUCUCAACAUGUUGCCAGUGCGAAUCGUUCUCGAUCAAUCGGAGCCGUUCGAUGUGGUAGCUAAAAGAUUGUUCAACGCGACUUUGACAGCCACGACACAUUCCCAUGUACCACUUGACGCUAUUAUAGGCAAGUUGGGUGUUCCAAGAUUGGAGAGUCGUCAUCCUUUGUUUCAGGUUGCAAUCAAUUACCGUAAGAGUCUUUUUGAUGAGAUCGAAUUGGGGACCGAUGGGAAGAUUCAGUGGGAUGGUGGUGUUCCAGGCGGAAAUCCCUACGAUAUGCUCCUCAAUGUUGUGGCAACACCGAACUCGAGCAUCGUAUCGAUCAUCACACAACGGAAUUUCUAUAGAUCUUCUGAUGGUGCGCUUAUGCUAAAGUGGUAUACGCGUGCCUUGGAAGCAGUAGCUCGAGAUCCUCAAUGUGAGAUCGGUAGAUGUCCUAUAUCGAACGAGUUUGACAUUUCUGACGCCAUCGAACUUGGGCUCGGGGAUCGUAUGGAAGUAUCAUGGAAGGGUAAAAUUACGGAUCGCAUCGAUGCAGUAGCAGCUGCACUACCAGAGGCUAUCGCCGUCCGAGACGAGGACGGUCAUUGUCUGACAUACAGUGAGAUGACGGAAAGGGUAACUGAAAUCACGCGCCAAUUAUUUUCACUGGUGUCCGGAUCGUACGUGGCCGUGCUUCUGGACCCGGUUGCAGAUGCGGUCUGUUGCGUCUUGGCCAUCUUGAGGUUGAAUGCAGUAUGGAUUCCAUUGGAUACCCGUAACCAUCCACGACGGCUUCAGGCAGUUGUUGAAGAAAGUCGGCCUCAAUUUUUGAUAUAUCAUGAUGCGACGCAAGAGGUAGCGAAACAGAUUACAAGAUCUCUAAACCGAGCUCAUUUGUUGAACAUUGACGGCAAAAAACUAAGUCACGUUGAGAGCAAGGACAAUUUAACGACGCUUACAAACGAAUCGGAUGGUGGUGGGACUUGGAAUGGUCAACUUGCAAUGAUUUUGUAUACAAGUGGGUCUACAGGAGUGCCAAAGGGUGUCAUGCUCACUCAUGAGGGGCUUCUGAACCAGAUUUACGGGACAACGACCACCUUCAAUCUCGGACGCGAGAUAACCCUGCAGCAAAGUCCAUUGGGCUUUGAUCUCAUGCUGGAUCAAAUUUUCCUCGCCCUGACGAAUGGAGGUACAGUCAUCAUGGUUGGGAAACCGGGUCGAGGGGAUCCAACACAUAUUGCCGACCUGAUCGUCAGACAUGGGGUAACUCUAACACACUUUGUUCCAUCCGAAUACCGUGCGCUGCUCAAUUAUGGAAAACAUAUUCUUACAAGAGCUCAUUCCUGGCGGUAUGCCAUGUCAGGCGGAGAGAAGUUGACAUCGGACUUGCGUAGAGCUUUUCGCAACCUACAUCUCGAUGACUUGAAACUGAUCAAUGUAUAUGGGCCUGCAGAGAUAACGUUAGCUUGUGCAAGGGGUAUCAUACCGUAUGAAGAUGUUGAUGACAGCACAGAUCAUCUCCGGCCAUCACCGAAUUACGGUGUUCACAUUAUGGACGAAGAUAUGAAUAUCAUGCCUGUUGGAUUCCCUGGUGAAAUAUGUAUUUCUGGACGAGGUGUUGGAAUUGGAUAUCUUCAACGACCCGAAGAAUCAGCGGCUAAGUUUGUUCAGAAAAGUCCCGACAUGUUACCGUCUCCAAGUGUCAAACUAUAUCGUUCAGGCGACAAAGGCAGAAUUCUACCGAAUGGCACGCUGGAGGUGCUUGGGCGGCAAGACGGUGACAGCCAAGUAAAAAUCAAUGGGUUCCGCGUUGAGCUUGAUGAAAUCGCUAAUUCCAUUGUACGCAUAUCCAAUGGUGUGAUAGUGAGUGCUGCUACUUCUUUGAGGACUGGUCAGCCUUCAGAUCUACUCGUGGCAUUUGUUGUCUUCGACAUUGAGUAUACUGGUGACAUGACCGAAUUCAUAGAAGGAAUCCGAUCCGACCUUCCUCUGCCGCCAUUUAUGAGACCUAAUUUUAUAAUCCCGAUUGACAAGAUACCAGUGACUACAAAUGGAAAGACUGACAGAUGUGCUAUUGAUGUACUGCCUAUACCAGAAUUGUUGGCCUCUACUAACGUGAAAAGCGUUACACAUAGCUUGACUUCCUCAGAGAAGUUAUUGAAAGAAGUUUGGGAAGAAGUUCUUUCGACGCAAAUAGCACAUCUUCUUGGGAACACCCCCCACCAACAGUUGACUAUCCACUCUGGUUCAGACUUCUUCCAGAUUGGCGGUAGUUCCAUCUUGAUGAUCAAACUCAAGGCUCUGGUCGAGUUACAUUUCGGUGUGAUGAUCUCAAUGCCAGAAUUGUUUCGUGCCAGUACUUUGCAUGGCAUGGCCACUCUGCUUGGAGCUUUUCUUGGAAAGAGGCAAGGAGUCUCUUCAGUGCAGACCGAGGCAUCGUUUUUGUCACCUCAAGGCAAUCAAUCGAGGAUGGACUGGGACCUAGAGAUUUCAAGUCUAGUGGAUGGUUUGAAUGUACCAUACUCCGUUCCAUCGCCGAAAAAGCAUUCCAACGGUGAAGGCGGUCUCAUUGUCGUCUUAACAGGAGCAACCGGAUUUAUUGGAAGGCAUCUACUGUCAAAGCUAGUUCAAAAUAUUAAAGUGGCGCAAAUACACUGUCUAGCAAUACGACCUGAUACGACUGGUGCACGACGCCAUGUCUCGGUAAAAAGUGACAAAAUCGUCGAGUACUCUGGCGACCUUUCCACCCUUACCUUUGGUCUUUCUGACUCCGAAUUUAGCUUCCUGAUGAGCAACGCCGAUUGUAUCAUCCACAAUGGUGCUGAUGUAUCUCUUCUCAAGACAUACCAAUCUCUUCGUCGCGCUAAUGUCAUCUCCACACGCACGCUUUGCCAAAUGGCUAUUCCGCGCCGCAUUCCGCUCCACUAUAUUUCUACCGCGUCUGUGGCGAAGGCAAUAAAGAAUGACAAACAGGAGCCACUGUAUGAAGUUCCGGCGUCUCCUAUUGUCACUGACAUACUAAACUCGAUUGAUGGAUAUGCAGCCUCAAAAUGGGUGAGCGAGACACUCAUUGACAAAGCAGCAGCGGAUGGUGAGUUGCCUGCGUAUAUUCACCGGUUGGCGCAUGUUGUUGGCAAUGACGUUUCAGAUUUAGAUGCAGUAGGUAUGUUAACGAAGUACUCGGUCAUGAUGAAGACCCUACCGCGUAUUGAGAAGGGACGUAUCAAGGGCCAAUGGGACUUUGUUACAGUGCAGGAAGUGGCCAGGCAUAUUGUUGAGUCGGCCAUUGGAUCUACCGACAGUAUAUUUUCGAAAACCACAUUCAUGAACCAUUGCAGCGAGGUUAAAGUUCCACAUGAGAGUCUUAAAGCAUACCUUGAAGAGUUUUCAGGUAUAGGUCUGGAAGAAGUUCAUAUGAAGGAAUGGCUUAGGUUGGCUCAAGAAAAGGGGCUUCAUCCACUUGUGUAUGAGUUCCUGACCGCGCUCGAAGAAGGACAAGGACAAAUGGUGCUACCUAUGAUCGCAAAGGGUCUCGGUCCUGGCAAGUCCAAUGGUCGUGUUACUAUUUAA